CGCCGUGACAUAUUCCAGCUCUAUACAGGCACAGCUGGUUAUCCAUUCACUGAUGCGUUGUUCGCAAUCAUGGCAACGUUUGCCACGGAGAAGAAGGAUUUUGAUCUGGUGGUUGUUUUAGAAGCUUUUCAACAAUGUCGACAGAGCGACGACACGCUGAUGUUGAGGGAGUACCUGACGGCGUUCACCGAACUGUGCAGAUUUUUCAAGCUCACCGGGACCUUGUUUGGUUUUGUUGCGAUGGACUUGGAGGACAAAAUCCGAAUGCUAAACGAGCACCUGACGGCUGACGAAGUACAUUACGUCUCAGUGCAGUCAAUGAUCCAAUACGAGGUUGACCAUGACCUUACGAAGGUCAAAAAGGGCAAUCUGAAGUCAGGGUCAAGGACGUUGCUGAGGUUACAUCGAGCUUUGGAAUUUAUUCUCGCUUUCAUGUCUCGUCUCAGGUUAGGGGACGAGAACGAGAAGUCUUCUGUGAUCGCUUCGGAGGUUUAUAAUCAGACCUUGGCCCGAUUCCAUCCGUGGAUCGUUCAGAAAAUGGCUGGAGUGGCGAUGUACAUGCUACCCUCGAAAAAGAACCUGAUUGAUGUCAUGUGCAAACAAGACUAUGAAUCCGUUAUGCGCACGCUCGGGGAAGUGGUUACUUCCGGUCAGCCUCUUUAUGACAUCACGCAGAGGGUGUACGAAGACAAAGAUCUCCUGGACCUGCCAUAGUCUCUACAUGGGAGAGUUGUAAUCAGUGAUCGUGAAUUGGACGUCGCCGGUAAUUCUUUGUUUUUAAACUUAAAAUUAUUCACUGACCUUUGUCACAUUUAUUUGGGGAAAUAUUUGUAAGCUGCGACUGAAUUAGGUUGAAAUACCGUCGAUGCGACGGUAAAUAUUGGCCCACUCACUCACAAACCAACGGGAAAAGGCGAAGUUUGCCGAUUGGGUCCAUUGUCAACACUCGUUCUGUUCCGGAACUCCUUGGCCAUUCGUCACCAUUCGUGACCACUCGUGUCACUCUUGGAUAGGUCGCAUGGGGUCUCGUUUUCUUCUCGUAGACAUUUAGCUUGUCAUGAAGGGAAGAAUACUUAAACUGGCACAGUUGCUUUUUCAACAUACCAGUAUCUGUACAACAAUUUACACGAUCUUUUCCAGAUCCAGAAACUCAAUCUCAUUAAAUCAGAUCCUUAUUGUCGCUACCGCAAAACAAAGAUAUGAGGACAUCCCAUUACGGGUCACGCCUCAAAGACCUUGUAUCCCACCAGUCAGAGCGUCGCUUACCAGAUCGGGAAAGUGAAAGUCGGAAUGUGUUUCCUAGACAUGCAGCCUCGAGGUUAACUCGGGGCUUUCCGAGCGACAGUUACCGGCUGUACGUCAGAUUCCGUCAAAAUCAUCGUCUGUCGCUCGUUUCAAUGAGAUUCACAUUUGAAACGGACGAGACCUUCCAUAGAAUAUGGGAAGUCCUGCCAAACAAUCUCGGCCAUCUUUUCCAGAAUUGUCUUUUGUUCAGUUUACAAAUUUUGAAUCGAGAAGUGUCAAAAUACAUUUCAAAGCGUAGUCUGGAAUGGAGGUCGCCAGAUGAAACAAUCUAGGCCAUCGAUAAGCCAUUUCGAGAAUGUUCUUUUGUUCAGUUUUCAAAUUUUUAAUCGAGAAUUUGUUAAAGUAGUUUGUUUCGAAGCGUAGUAGCCAGUUUGAAACUAGUACCGAAAUGCACGAGAAAGCUGCUUUCUGAUUAGCUAAUGUUGACUUCUUGUUAGUAAUUUCAUUGGUGGGUCAAAGUUCGCGAAAGGUAGUUCUGGCGUGACCUGUUAUAGGAUGUCCUCAGAUCUGAUUUGAAUGAGAUUGCUUGGAAAAUUAGGUGAUAUCGGAAUAGCAUGAGUGGUCACGAGGAGCCACAAGGUUAUAUUGGAAUGACACGAGUAGUCACGACUGGUCACGAUAGAGUGGUGUUAACUGUAUGAUUUGUGUGUUUUCUUGUGUUAUUUAUGCUGUAAAUGGCAUACGAUAGGUACUGUAGUGUGACUUAUGCUCAACAGAACACUGUGUUCCCAGUGUCUGAGAACUGUGAUAAGAACUGCCAGGCAAAAGAAAGUUACACCCAUGUUUGAUGGUAGCUAUAAAUGAAACAAAAAAAUGUUUAUGCGAUGGUGAUGAAUUUGAUACGGGUAUCAUAUUUGUGUUUUGGGCCUUACUUAGGCCUGCAGUGUUUCUACGGCCCAGUGAUUUGUUUUGUCAAAUGUAUGUUUAAGGUGUAUACUUUCUUUUGUCAGGUACUUUAGUUAUUUUAUGUGAUAUACGACUGAGAAUAUCCCAUACCCCCCUCUCUCUCUCUCACACACACACACACACACACACACACACACACACACACACACGCCCUGCCUCUGUCACUUACGGUGUGGACCGACAGGAACGACGGCUUCAUUAAAACUUUAACAGGGAUGCAGGGCUCGGGCUAUUUGCCACUCCCAGUCCCUUAAACAUUGUUUGUCUGCCAACUUGGGCACGGGUGGCCCAGUCGUCUCAAACACCGCAAGUCGCUGUGCAGAGUUGCGUCCCCUGGGCAGGCCAGAAACCUAUGAUCGUGGGUUCGAAUCCCGGUUCGUCCCGAUUAUGUUUCUAGGUUUGUCAGCACUAUAUUUGUGCUGUUGGGGUUCACAAGAGUGGUCAUCGUGUGAGACCUGCAUCACUUCGGGCUUUCCUCCCACAUUAAUCUGACACGCCGCGAUAUAACUGGAAUACUGUUAAAAUCGGCGUUAAACCCAACUCACUCACUCUGCAAGCUCAAGUUAAUGAUACCAUUUAACAGUUAAUUAUUACCCGAAGUACCCAAAGAAAGUGUCUCAAUUUGCAUGUGGUAUUAAUUACGUCUUGAACUUGUCAGCACAUGUACACCAGACAUCGGAGCCUCCCUUUAAGUGCUAUCUGCGACAGACCCGCUGUUGAAGCCCUUAUGCUGCUGUCACAUACCUCCCAUCCCUCCAUAUACUCAAAUAGAAGAAUGUUGACGUUUUUCUUAAAAUGUGUGUGUAUAUAUACCAGAUUGUAUUGUGCUCUGAUUAUUGUUUUACAUGUAUAUAAUGUAUGAUUAUACUUGAUAAACGAACAAGCCUUUGACUGAUUGGUCACCACGUGACCCCCAGUGAUGUCUGCAGGGGCUUUUUAGCCCUGUGGUCUGAGUAGCUGACGUUUGCGUGCAGAGUUGUGUCCCUUGACAGCCAGGAUAUGCUGAUCGUAGGUUUUAAUCUCAGAGCCGUCCCCUCCUUUCAGAUAUACCGAUGGAUUUGAAUAAGGGAACACUAAGUUUAAGACACAGUAAAACGAUAUGCUAUUAUGGGUUCCAAGCCUUGCCUAACAAAUACGCGUUUGAAGCAAUGCACACAAACACAUCUCAACAUUUGAUUCUGAUAUGUGUUGAAUUUUAUGCGUGCUAUGUGAAAUGCACUGACAAUAAAGUCCAUUGUCCUAUUGUUUUCUUUAAUUUUCUUAUUCGUUUCCAUCAGUAUAUUUUAACUUUAAACGUGUAAUAACUUCCUAUAUUUGUAGACCCGUGAAGAUCCGGGGUGGACUAGGUCUUCAGCAACCCAUGCUUGCCGUAAAAGGCGACUAUGCUUGUCGUAAAAGGCGACUAACGGGAUCGGGUGGUCAGGCUCGCUGACUUG